AUGAAGAAAAAUAGCUCGAGUUUUGUUAGGGAAUCAGGCAUGUACAUUGGUCCUUCUCCACAAUUAUGCAUGCGUGAGUUCAUCAUUACAAAAUCCUUCUCUUCAAACUUGAAAGCAUUUGCAUCUAAAGCAAGUCUUGAUAUGUUUAAGCACUUCAAAGGCUUAUCUCCUCAACAACAAAACUUCUUUAGAGCAAAAGAGCUACAAAAUCAAUCGAAAGGAUUACCUCUACUAGUGCUGAAGCGUGUACACGAACUUGGACUUGGUGAUACUAAGUAUAUGAAGAUUUAUAAGUGCCUACCAUCACCAGAAUCACGGGAUAGACUCUAUGAUAAAGUGGAUAACUCAAUUUUUACUGUUGUUUACAAGAGGACUUUCCCGAGUUACAUACGAUUCUCACUAAAGUUCGAUAAUUCCACUGAAAUAAUAAUGAUAUUACACUCUAGAUUUCCGAUCGCAGAUAUCGCAGUCGGGGACAAAAGAUAUCGAUUUGUUCGAGACAGAUCUUACUUUAUGUCUACAGGGUACUUCAUGAGCGAUUUGUAUUUACUUCCUCCUGAUAAAGUAAGUCUUACUGAUGAUUUAACUUCAGAUAAGAAAGUGAAUAAAAGAAACAAGCUCUUGGGAAAUCUGAUAAAAAAUGUUCUCGCUCCUGUUUCCUUCAAGUCCACUACUGAAUUUACCUCCCAGUUUGAAUGCGGAAAAUUUGUCAACGACCAUCUGCCACGGUUUGGAAACGACCAUAAGAACUCUUCAUUCUCUGUCCUUUCCACAGAUUGCGAUUUUGAUUCGAAUAACGCUGUUAGGUUCGAAGAUAUUGUUCUAAUAUGCGCAUGUAUGAUACUAACCAAUCAUGACAUAGACGAGAGGAGGAGAAGACACCAGUAG